CGGAGCCUCUUUGCGGUUGCACGCAAGCACCGGAAGUGGAGAGGGCGGAUUCCGCGCUGCCCUGUGAGGCCGGCUGCCUGGUGAAAAUGCUGCUGGACCUGUCCGAGGAGCAUAGGGAGCAUCUGGCCUUCCUGCCGCAAGUAGACUGCACAGUGGUCGCCGAGUUUGGGCGGAUCGCAGUGGAGUUUCUGAGGCGAGGCUCUAACCCCAAGAUCUACGAAGGAGCAGCCAGAAAACUCAGUGUGAGUAGUGACACUGUCCAGCAUGGUGUAGAAGGAUUAACAUACCUCCUCACUGAAAGCUCAAAGCUCAUGAUUUCUGAACUGGAUUUCCAAGACUCUGUUUUUGUUCUGGGUUUCUCUGAAGAAUUGAACAAAUUGUUGCUUCAGCUUUAUCUGGACAACAGAAAGGAGAUCAGAACCAUCCUGAGUGAAUUAGCACCAAACCUUCCCAGUUACCACAGCCUUGAAUGGAGACUAGAUGUACAGCUUGCAAGCAGAAGCCUCAGGCAACAGAUAAAACCAUCAGUGACUAUAAAAUUACACCUUAAUCAGAAUGGAGGGCCCACCACCGAAGUCCUGCAGACAGACCCGGCCACCCUGCUCCAUUUGGUUCAGCAACUGGAACAAGCCCUGGAGGAGAUGAAAACGAGCCACUGCAGGAGAGUCGUGCGCAACAUCAAGUAGUCCCGGUUUUAAGGUUUUAUUCCUUUCAGGCCACUUGUAAAUUGAUGAUAUGUGGCAGUUUCUUUCAAAAUUAUUUUUUUGUCAAUUGAUGGUGAUAAAUACAUUUGGAUUCCGUGAAAUUUCUUUUCCAUGAUAAGGUAUUGCGGUCUUGCUCAAAAGCUAAAGUAAAGUUGCUUUCCUGGUGCUAAAUGUGGUUGGCAUCUUGACAAAUUAAGAUGUAUUUUGUAUUUUAAAUGUGUAAAUAGGAUUGAAUCAACUACAAGUGAAUCUAUACUGUUCAUAUCUUCUGUAUGUAUGAAUGACUGCCCUUUUUUUAGUGCUUAUUUUGGCUGCUUAACAUUAUUAUUUUUCUUCUUAUUGACCAAAGUUUGAAAAUAAAAUUCACAAUGUAGUAUUAUUAGUAUUCAGAAUAUUUAUAGACAGUUCAAUGUUUUUGACCUUUAAAAGUACCCUAUAAUGUUAAUAAUCACUGAAUAGUUGGAAGUAAACAUGAAUUUUUUAAAAAUACUGUAUUGUUUAGGCAGUUCAUGCAUUUUUCUUUGUAUAUGAAGAUAACAGGUACUUACUGUGUUGCAAGUUUGAGUUGUCAUGGCUUAUCAGCUGAAAUAGCACUAAAACUUAUAUGAUCGUGUAUUGUAUUUUAUCAAGGAGUACUUUUUUUUCACGAGUACCCAAAUCAUCUAAGAGACAUGCUGUCAUUUACAUUUAUAAACAGUGGAUGCUGGAGUAAUACAAUCAGUUCUUAAUUAUCUGUAUAUAAAUUACAGUCAUUUUUUAUCAUUUUGUUUGAAUAAAGUAUAAAGAGGGCAAAGAGAGGCCAUGUUUACUACAUUCUAAGCAAGUAGCCCUUCUUCCUUACAAACUCAAA